UGUAUACUAUUGGGUUAGAUUAUUCGGAGCGAAAAACUUCCUCUUGUGAUAAUUGCUCUCGAUUAUGUAACCUCAGUUUAACGAAACUGAAUGCCGUUAGUGACAUUGUUAUUUGUGAGUAAUUUGUGACGCCAAGACUGGCAAGAGAUGGUAAUUGAGAAGGUUUUGUGAAGGUAAAGUGUUGGUAGUGUGGCUAUUUCCUGAGAGUGAGCGGCGAUUACAUGUAGUUUAUGAGACGGAAGACGUUGCCUAUUGAAAAGUUGUGUAGCGAUUUGAAAUCUAGUGGAAAGUAACGCCCAACCACAGUUGGCACUUAAUACUUUUUUGCGAAUGGUGUGUCGAACAUUGAAUCAUGGUAAACAAGAAGAGAGGUGGUGUCACUGCCUCUGGUAGCGUUACAAAACGUGGUCGCCCAAAACUACCAUCGACAGUCGCACGACUAAAAGAACUUAUAUGCAAAGACUGCUGGAAACACUGUGACAAGGAGUUGGAAAGGCAGAAAAAAAUCAUCAUAAAAUCUGAAAGUGAACUUAUUGAGAAAAAAUUUGUGAUUACGGGCCUUCAGGCAGAUAUCACGAAGCUACAGAAUGAACUUCUGACGAAAGACGAACUUUUGAAAAAAAUGGAAAUGCAGAUGAACCAUGAGAAUCAGGAAGCAGAGUCGCAAAUUGCGGAACUGAGAGAGAGAUUGGAGAGUCUGCAGAGGCUAAAAGACCAGUCUGAGACAACAGAGCCAAGUGCUGUAGUUGCAGAACUCUGUGACCUUUUGGCCACGGAGCAACAGAGGACACAGAGUUUGGAGGAGACGCAGUCCAAGACGAUGAGUUUGAUUUUGUCCGCACGGAACCUAUUGUGCCCCCAAUCGCCACAAUUUCAGAGUAGUGGGUCGUCCGGUGCCACCACUAGCCCCCGUGGUAACCGAUUGAUAGAGAACCACCCACAGAUUGCGUCGUGGACAAGCGUUUCCCUGGGCGACCAGAAUGGUCAAAACAGCAACACCCGAUCCAGAGAUGGCGGCGUCUCACCGACUAUUGUCCCGAUCAUCACACACGUUGAGUCCCUGUGCAAACAAAUCUGCCAGAAGAACCAAGUGACAUUUUCGGCCCGGGAAGAACUAAAGUCUGGACGUGACGAAUCGGAUAUGCCAGAGCAAGAGAAUGUCGAGUCAAGGCAGAUGAGUGACCCAAAUGGACCAAAUUUUAAUUUGCCAUCCCAGACUGAGGAAGAGUCUAGUAUCGACACUGGAACUGAUGUUUUGGGAUCGUCACCAUGCGUGUUGGAAGAGGGGAGCCCGAGUGAAGAUCAUGAUAUUAGGAGCAUGGCGUUCCGAGGCAUUGAGGAUACAGCCGAUGGAGCCUCUACAGAAAGAGUUCGGGGUCUUAAUGAGAAGAGCUCUGUUUGUCAGGAUCUGCUUAAGAAGAGGCCCAGAGAUGAGGACAUUGAGAACGAGUCCUUAGAAGAGAGCCCUGCAGACAAGGACCCUGAAAUACAUCUCAGCCUCAGGGAUAAGAUAAUGAAUAACACUUAUUGGGAUGUGGCCCCUCGCAAUAAGAGCCCCAGAGAUGGAUUAACUGAUCCUGAACAAAAUCAAGGCGAAGAUUCAUCGAUGGUAGAAAAGAUCAGCCAGGUGAACAUUCUCUCAGCAGAGACAUCACAAGUCAGCAUGGAACAAUCUGUUGAAACUGGUACCCAAGAAGUUGAAGGAAAAUCGAGAGGAUUAACAUCCGCAACUAAAAAAAGAAAUAGAUCAGAGCGAGUCAAUCUUUUCGACCGCUUGGGAGCCGUUUUGAAAAUGGGGACAGAUCUGUCACGAGAUGAGAAAAGUGGUUCUGGAAGGUCGCUUCCUGCUGGUGAAGAUGUUGAUGGUGAAUGCUCUGCGCCCACUGAGUGGAGAGGUAACGUCACCAUGGCUGAGCUAGGAAAACACAGCACUGAUAGACCACUUCCUACAAGAUCACCAAGAUCCCUGCUGUUUCUGGCAAAGAGAUGUGUGGCAGGAAUGCGCCAAGAGCAACUACCGCCUAUGGACACUUCAGACGACGGUGGGCUUGGCAACAGUGACGUAAAAAAGUGUGAUUUUCUGUCGCAGGUUGGCCUGGGAGAGAACAAGGUCAAGAUUCCUUUGCCUGGUUACUUGCGGACACGUGUCGUUCACGUGGUAAUGCCAGUCCAUCAUCGCAACAACAGAGACCAUUUGAUGAGGGGUUUGCCUUCGAGCAAACAUGUUAUUGGCCCUGGCUCUGACUCCCUUCCUGUUGGCACUGUAACUAGUGCUAGUCACAACCCAACACCUGGGAGUGUUUUCACUGCAAAGAUCUCGACCGGUCCUGAUCCAAGAUUGCGACAGCCUGUGACAUAUACCACCAUCAUGCCUCCAAAUAGGAAUCCACAACCCACCGAGAAACCGUUGACCAGUGGAAAUUUAGCCACGUGGGGAUCAGAGUUGCUAGACAACCCUGUCAUCCAAAGAAAACCAGAAAAUAUCCCAUCUGCUGCUGCGGCACCGAAAGUGGUCCAUCGCGUUUGCCCGGUUCAUGGGAAUGUUACGAAAAAAAACCCAACACAGAACACGAGCGUGUUGGCUUCUCAGCAUCUUGACAGAGGUUUCGCUCCAGUACAAGAGAAAAUGACGUCCCCAGUACCCAAGAACUUGUCGACGAUGAUUGAGAGAGUGGAAUUAGCAGUAGAUGAGGAAGCACCGAUUAAAAGAUCUCGUGGCUUGCUUCCCUCUGUUAGGCAAGUUUCACUAACACCUCCUCAGUCUGGGUGCCCGGUUCCUUUCAGCGAUCACAAUUACCUGGGGUCACCAGUACCAAGUGAGCCGGAUGAAGAUAUAACAACAUCGCCACCUCUGGACACCAAGGAAACUACACUUGAGGGUUCAUCUAGUUCGAAAAGAAAGAUGUCAAAGCCAGUGAAACUAAGUCGAGAUGGUUCUCCAGUCAUCAGUGUCCUAGCUAUUGCCAUACCUUUUCCAGCUUCUAAAAGGGACUCGGAUUCAGACUCAAGCAAAGGGAGUAGGGUUCAAAACAGAUUGACAGAGGUUACUCGGAAGGUCUCUGUGGAUGCUGGAGGUAAUGAAGUCUCUGAGCUGAGUGUUGCUCGGACGCUCUCUGUGGAUGCUGGAGGUAAUGAAGUCCCUGAGCUGAGUGUUGCUCAGGCGCUCUCUGUGGAUGCUGGAGGUAAUGAAGUACCUGCCCUGAGUGUUGCUCGGACGCUCUCUGUGGAUGCUGGAGGUAAUGAAGUCCCUGAGCUGAGUGUUGCUCAGGCGCUCUCUGUGGAUGCUGGAGGUAAUGAAGUACCGGCCCUGAGUGUUGCUCAGACGCUCUCUGUGGAUGCUGGAGGUGAUGAAAUCCCUGAGCUGAGUGUUGCUCAGGCGCUCUCUGUGGAUGCUGGAGGUAAUGAAGUCCCUGAGCCGAGUGUUACUCGGACGCUCUCUGUGGAUGCUGGAGGUAAUGAAGUCCCUGCCCUGAGUCCUGGUGGAGACAGAGACAUUUCUGUUGAACCAGAAACUCCUUCCCAGACCAAGAAAAACGAGUCAGAUUUGGAUGAAUAUUUGGUAAGGAAGCACAGAAAACAUAAGAAGUCACACAGAAAGAGGAGGAGGUCCAAAAGUGUUACCGAGUGUGAGCAUUUGUGGCAUGAAGAAUAUGAAAGAAAGCUGAACAAUGCCGCGGAAAAAUGUCUGGCGCCAAAGGAAGCACUGAAUUCGAAUUGCGUUGCAUUCCCAUCUAUGGACAUUGAGGAUUUGAACACAGUCGCCACACCGGUAAAUGAUACCGCAAUGUCUAAAGCAACUGACAACACUUUGGAUGUUUCCAGUCCUUCGAUGUUUCCAACAUCUUCACCUGUUGCACCGAUCUUCGAGACGCCAUUACCAAAAACUGAAACGAGGGGUGAAAAACGUCGUAGAAUUGCGGCGGUGACGGCCACCCAUGAUAAACAUAAAAAACCAGCGAAGCCAGAGAGUACAUCACGUAAAAAAGCGAAACCUGUGAAGGAAAGUGUUAAUGCCGGGGGUGUACCCCUGUCGGCCGUGGAAGAGUUAUUCAAUGAGAUGUCGGCGGACAGUUAUGGUGAGAAAGAUUUUCAGGAUGUCGAUGUUGCCAAGUACUUCCAUCCGAAUGAUUUCGAAAAGCUCCCCGAAAGCAUCGUGAAGUGUCUCAAGAAUGUCAAGAAUAACUACACCACAAUGUUACAGUAUGGGUUGCCUGUGGAGAAGCCAGACUUCAUGAAGAUGCAACUGCCCACAUAUUCUCCAGGAAAACCAGGCACUGGUAGCCUAUGUAGGCCUGCUGCAAUUUUCCCGAAAGAAAGUCUUCAGUGUUCUUUGUGUUCGCCGAGAAGAAACACAUUGUUCUUCAAAGACCAGAUGGAACUCGCUAUGCACAUUUAUGAAAAGCAUCGCGACAUGGAUCCGAAAGUUGUCGCACAGGCGAUGGAGUUGCUUGCGAUUAAAACAGAGCCUCCUAGUGUCCAAUCGGUGCAGUUAACACCAUUGGAUCACAGGCCCAAGACCUCGAGGAAGAGAUCAUGGAUAGCCUACUCUCAAUUACAAAAUCUCACCAAAACGAAAAAGAAGCCUGUGAAAUGUGACGUUUGUGAAAAGAUCUUUGCGUCGAAACCUUCACUGUCGUUGCACAUGAAGCGUCAUACGCAGAGAACCAUCGAAUGCGAGUGGCCCAGAUGCGACAAGAAAUUUCACAUCCGGGCGGAUAUGAUGCGGCAUCUGCGGCGUCAUACCGGAGAAAAACCGUACAAGUGUAAAGAUUGCUGGAAAGUCUUCACGCAGUUGAGUCAUUUGCAGGUUCACGAGCGCAUCCACUCGGGUGAUAAACCCUAUCAGUGCGUGCUGUGCUCGGCCCGGUUCAGCCAACGUGCUCAUCUGAAGAGUCACUUGGCAACGCACACAGGCGAGAAACGAUUCUUCUGCGACGUGAAGGGUUGCGGAAAGGCCUUCUUUCUAAAGGAGAAACUCGAUUUGCAUUAUUCGACACAUACGGGGGAGAAAAAUCACGUGUGCGAGGAGUGUGGAAGAAGGUUUAACCACAUUUCGAAUUUGCAGAAACAUUUGCGCAUCCAUGCUGGGGAUCGCCGACACCCUUGUCUAUACUGUGAAAAAAAGUUCUACACUGCCACUGAUUUGAAAAUCCACUUUCGAACACAUUCAGGAGAGAGGCCGUACAUGUGUGAAAUUUGCCAGAAAUCUUUUGUUACGAUAAGUAAUUUGCGUAAGCAUGAAGUAACGCAUAAAGAGUAUAGGAAGUUUUACCACUGUAGUGAGUGUGGUGCGAAGUAUUCCAGUUUUUUUAAUUAUAACCGCCACAAGGAAUCACGUUGUUCUUAUGCGGGUAUGUUGGCAGACGGGGAAACCUCGGUAGGUAAUUGAGAACUUCGUUUCCAGGUCGGGUCUAAUUUCUGCUCAUAAAAUCAGACAGGAGGUGUUCAGAUAAAAGUAUAAUCAAAAGUGUCAAUAACAUGUAGAUCUGCUUGUUCUUUGAUCGAUGAUACAAAUGUAAUCUAAAUGUAUCCUCGAUACUCACUUUUGUAUUUGGUGAAAUUUUUGUGAAUGUUUCAAGAAUGUACUCAACUAUACUGAGUGAGUUUUUGAGUUCUGCUUUAAUUUCUUGAUAAAUUGCUGAUUUUUGGAUAAAAUUACUUCAUCUUCACCAAGGAGACCUAUGAAUUGUUCCAAGGAAGUAUCCAAAGGCUUGCUGUGGGAGGAGUUACACUGUUGUGCCACUUAAAAAAGUCUAAAAAAAUAACUGAAAUGGCAAAAUAGUAAAUUUCAAACACACUCCCGGUUUUGUAAUUACAAAUUGUGAUACAUGUAUUACUUUGUGAUACAUGUAUUACUUUGUGAUACAUGUAUUACUUCGUGAUACAUGUACUUCUGUUUGAGCUUGAAAUAUGAAAAGGCGCGUCAAAAAUUGGGACAGCUUGAAAAAGGCUGAGCACCUCAGAGUGUUUUUAAACUGCUAUGGUGAUAAAUGUGAAGACGUGAAUGUUGAAAAGUGGUCUCAUUCCGUACUUACAUUGUAGCUGUUCGUGUCAAAUUCAAGCAGUUGCAUGGCUUAAAAACAUCCUAUGCAAGUGUGUGUACUUAUUAUGUCUCGGUACCUGUGUCUGAAUCAUGAUAUUGUAUAACGCAUAUCUUUUGCUUGAAGUGUUUCCAAGGGUGUUUGCAUAAUAAAUACGCAUGGAUCAAAAUCCGUUUUUUCACUGUUGUGAUUGAUGCUAACUUCUUUGAAAUACAUGUAUUGGGUCGA